AUGACGGCACACAAGCCUGCAGAGGGAGUUGGGGGCGGGGAGGAUUCCUGGAGCUGGAGUUGGGGGGAGGGCAGGGUGCGGCUCGUGCUACAAAGGAAUUCCCUACAGGACGCCCCCGCCCCGCGAAGCUCGGCUGCCCUCGGGGCUGCGGAAAGCGAGGCCGUCCGGCUCUGCGCUGCGGGAGGCUCCCCCGCUUCCCGCGCCCCCUCCCUGCGGACCGAAGGCGGGCGCCGGCGUGGCCCAAUAAGCGGGGCUGGCCGCUUGAGUGACGGGAGCCCCCCGCCCCCUCUGCUGUCCGUCCUUUUUCUCGCUGCUUCCUCUCCAUCGGCAUCUUCCUGCCUUCGCUCCCGAGCUUGCUCCGUCCCUCCGUCCACUUGCCCUUCCCUGGGGGCUGCCGCUUCUCUCCCGGGCAGCCCUCUUCCCGCUCCUGCCUUUCCUGUCCUGCUUUGCCGCAUCUCUCCAUUCAUUGUCCUUCCGCCCGCCUGUCCGUGUCUUGGUCACCUUCCUCGCCUCCGUCUCUCGGUGGAGACUCCCCUCCCCCUUCUAUCUGUCUCUCCGCUUGGAUUUCUGCAACCCGUCUUGCCCCACCCCCACCUCCUGCUGCUGCUCCCUUCGUGCCGCCGCCUCCCAGGAGCCCUCCGUGGGUGGCGAUCAGGGCAGGGGCUCGGACCCCAACCCUGUCCUGAGGGGGCUCCUGCCGACGUCUGCCCGAGCCUCUUACAUAAUCCGAAAACCGCGGAGGAAAGCGCUUCGGCCGCCCGCCCUGCCCCGUCCUCCUGAUCCUGCGGCCCUUUGGGGCAGAGUUUAAACGCCGAGAUAACCGGGAGCCCCGCUAUUCAGUAAGUCUCCUUUCCGUUGGGCUGCAGGAUGCGCUCUGCGCCGAGGGACCCCCGGGCCUGGCCAGCGUGGGGGAGGGGAGGA